UCAUCCAGAUCGACUCGCCGCGGCCAAGGUCGCCGAAUGCAAGGAGGAGGAUCCUCGUCAAAGAUCAUCCAAAGAAGAUCCAGAAGAUGGAUUGACGAGCGAUCAUGAGUGAAGCUUAUCGUGGUGCAGCAUGUUCUCGCGAAUGACCCCGGAUCGCUAAUUCUCGUGAUAGAUUUCUGUACCUGAUGGUGAUAUGACAGUGCAAACGAUUGAGACCAGUGCUAAGAGCGGUGACGCUAUCGGAUGGUUAAGCAUCUCGGAGCACACUUGAUGAUUGACAAGGAACAAACAGAACGAAUGACGUCAGACAACAUAAUAGAAAAACAAUUUGCAAACACACGCAUCUCGAACGGAUUGCGUAACGUUCAAAUAAAACAUGUCGAUUUUAGGGAUAUCUCAUUACGAGGAUGGAUUUCGAUUGGGUGGGCCACCAUCGGAAUGUUCUCUCAGGAGCAAAGCACAGAUCGACGCACUGUUCGAAGACUCCAGAUCCAUCUGCAGCUCGACAUUGGGAGGGUGGUACGCCGGAUUGUCGGUCGUGAUCCCGAGUAACCCCAACGAUGCGAACGAGGAACAGAAGAGGGUGAACAGCGCGGUCCAGGCACGCAUCGAGGCGAUGUUCGCCUCGGUGGAGGCCGAAAGUGGAACGCCCGGUGAAUGUGCCGCCGCAAUCUUGCCGGUAAAAUACAUGGGUGCUGCCCCAGUCGGCGGACGCGUGGCGAGUGUGCGGGGUCUUCAAGAACCUCUUCGUCAGCUAUUGGAACGCAUGGAAGGAUGCGUAAGAGCCGAGCUGGAGGUCUCUAGGCGCGGACUAACGUUCCGCACGAGCGAAGUCUGCGAAAAGAAUAAUCCUUUCCGCAGAAUAGCGGUAUGGAGUGCCUUGCGGCUUCGAUGCAAGAGAAUACCGUCGGGCGAUGUGCAUCACGCCUUCUUGCCUUUGGUUGGCGAUCAGGACCAGGGACAGACGAUGGAAGACAAGCACGCCGAUCUCUACAGGACAAUGCGAGGUUUGAAAAGUGAAGUGGAAUUCUAUCCUCCGAUUUUCGCCGUGGUAAUGCGACGACCUGGGGCCGCCAGGCUCUUGGAGUGUCACGCGUUCGCCUGCGAAUGCGAGGAAGAUGCAAUAGCAGCCGCGGCCACGUUGUAUCGCGCUCUUCUCGCCGAUCUAGACGCGAACCGACGACGACCUCGUCACACGAAUGGUGUCGGAUGCGUCAGCCUGGCCUCCGUUGUUUCCAGUGUUCGAGAGCCUAGUCUCAGCAGUAGAAUCAGUUACAGGCUACCUCCGCCACCGAGACCAACCGCACCGCAUCCUGUGAGACCACCCAGAACCAAGAAGACUUCUGUAAGCAGCUCCGUUACUGAGGAUGAAGGCGGAAAGCCUAGCUUGCAGAAAGUACCACGUAGAAAAAAGAAGAAUUCCGACGUGAAAGCGGAAGAUAUCCUUGAGGCGCGCGGAAGAAGGCGAGACAAUGCCAAGAGCGAGAAGAGCAAUCUGGGACAGAACAAUCGAGAUAUCGUAUUGUCUAGAAACGAGGAGCUACAAAAUUCGAAGAACAAGAUGUUUUCCGCUAAGGAUCAAAAUUCCUUGAGAAUCGAGAUAGAAUCUAACAAGCUUGAUAAAAUUUACAGUGCUCCUGAUAACGAUGCGAAUGGAAUUUAUGAAAGACAGUUGAACAAAUACGAGAAACUGCACAAACGGAAUCACAAUCUGAGGAGGGAAUCAGUGGACAUGAAAGAUAACAUUUACGAAAGAAAUUACGGAUCGUACGCUUUGAAUCGAGCGAAUGCCAGGAAUUGCGAAUUGUACUCUUCCGGAACCGACAACGUUUUGAUGUACGAUAAGGUUAAUAAAAUCGAAAGAAACGAGAUAAACUCCGUUUACGAGCAAGUUGGCAAAAAGAAGGAAAAAAAUAUUUACAGUUCGCAAAUUGAAGACGCUGAUAAGAUCUACAGUCUCGGUACGGAAGACACAGGUAAAAACAACAGAAAUGGUGAGACGAGGAGUCGUCAAGAAGACAUCUUCUUCGCAAAGAAUUUAAAGAAUAAUGGACACUAUCAGUCGCAUCACGAACAUUCGGAUGGCACGAUAAACCAACAGAGACGCUCGAGGGACCCGGAGAGAGCGCACUCCGGCAAAAGAAUUAACCGAAUUGUCACAAUGGAUAAACCGUUGAGAAAAGAACAAUUAGAUCUUGAUUAUUCGCUGUCGGAGUGCAAUCGUCCUCGGGUGAGAAGAAGAAGCAGAGCGGGCAGCGAGCCACCCGUCAGCCAUUCGGAGAAUGCCAACAGGAUCCUGCAGGAGAAUGCACUGAAGAGAUCGCAGAGCGACGUAGACGUGGAUAGAGGAGACCUGAUGACAAGGGUUGAGUUGCCUAGGAGAGGCAGUUUCUUGACUUCCGGAAGCACUCGGAGAACCAAUAACAUCAAAGGAGGUACUCCGCUUGGAUUCACGGAGUUGUUUGACGAAUUCAGGAAUCAGGAGGGCUUGACUAGUGUAGAUGACAUUUUGGCAGCCAUAAUAGAUCCAGAAGGUAUGUCAUUUAACGAUCUGAAGCCGCUCUACAAGGAGUUUUUACUGAAACUAGCCGCAACCUUAACGCAAGAUGAAUUGUAUCAGAGAUCCGCCAGUAUUAUGAAGAGACGACGGAGACCACAAAGACGAAGAUCGAGCCGUCGGUCUUGUUUAUUAGGCAGGGCCAUAAAGAGGUCGGUCUCGAGACUGAAAGGUGGCCCCACGGAGUUCACCUCCGUAAUAUUCCCGGCUAGGAGAUUGAAUGAUAGCUUUGGCAGUAGUUCGUCGUGUGACGUCAGAAAUAAUCACCGAAAUCGUGUACUGGCGAGUAGACUCGGUAAGAGAAAAUCUUCGCGGAGAACGAAAAAGAAUGGAGUGUGUCACACGACUUCAGAAGAUAGCGAUACAUGUAGACGACUCAAUCGUAGCAUGGGUGCCACUGCGAAUAGGAGCAGCAGCGGAUACGUGAGCUGCAGCGAAUGCAGCUACGACUCCGAGUCGUGUACAUGCGUGUCGGCGGAUAAAUGCUACUGCUCGUUGUCUAGAAAGGUACAGCCUACGCCUGUACCAGGAAAUACGGUUGUUUGCGCCUGCGACACUGACAGUUGCUCCGAGAGCAAUAAGUGUUACUGCGCAAGAAAGCCGAUACAACCGACUAUACUGGAGCAACUCAGGCAGAAGGGAAUCGUGCCAUCGGAGAGCACGCUUAGCAGAGGAGACAGUUCCGAGAGGAUCCGAAGUUCGAGAUUGGCCGGUAGUCAUACUUCAUCGCGCAACACCGACUUUCUCAAGAAUCGAUCAUCGCCGGCUUGCGGUAGUUCGGAUAACUUGGCCUUAGAUUACGAUCUCUUUAGCCCAGGGAGAAGAUCUCAGCAGUCGUCCGGCAGCGAGAAAGUCCUCGUGGUCAGCGCGAGGGAUACUCAGGGUCGUUUGGUUUACGUCGGUGGUGCGGAACGAGAUAAAAAGUAUUCCUCUCGCGGUAACGGGAGAUCCGGAGCGCAUCACGAAGCACUCUCCAUAAAAAAAAGCGCAGAGAUCGCCGCAGUUUUUGCAGGCGAGAACAAUCGGAUCUCAAGAAGAACUAGUAACGCGUCGAGCAUAAGAAGUUCGAUUAGUCUUGAAGCUGGACUGGGUUAUUUACCUUGAUGAAAGUAUCCAAAUUAUCUCCAACGGUAUAAUCUCGCAUAUUUAAUAUUUAAUAUUAUGAUAUUAUACGUGUUUGUAUAACAUCUUGCCAUUUCGCACUAUGAUCGAAAAAGAAUUAUUUACGAACAUAUCGUGAUUUAAUUAGUCGUUUCUCGAUAAAUAAUAUGCAACUACUUAUUUGUACCUGUUUUCAUCUUGAGAGAUUUUAGCGUAAAUUUUACAGUAAAUGAAAAAUUAUUUAUAUACUUUAUUCUAAUUUUAAAGACUAUAGCGUUUACUGUAAGCGAUAAAGAUCAAGUUAUGAUUUUUUUUUUGCUACGUUGGACCUGAUAGCUUAUUAUUAACGAUAUGGAACAGUGCAAUACGAGAAAUACGAAAAAUCGAAUGUAUUAUAAAUUACCAUUUUCGUUUCUUCAUUAGAUAAGUAUUAUGUAUACACUAUAUGUGCAAUACCUAUAGAAUAUUAUUAUAUAAGAUGUAUUAAAAGUUCGGUAACAGUUAAAUAUCUAAAAAAAACAAGCAUUUUUGAGAAAAAUGUUUCAGAUAAAAGUUGUAUGAUUUAAAAGGAUCUACUUAUUGAUCACAUCCGUUUGAAUUAAUUUUUAUGUAAAAAUUAAUUUUUACAUAAAAAUUAAUUUUUAGUGUAAAAAUUAAAAUAAGAGCAACAACCUUCAAGAGGUCUUAGCCGUCGAUCAGACACUUUGGGUAAUGCUAACGCCGGUAGUACUUUUAAGCUUCAUAACUCGAAAAGUACUAAAAAUGAAGCUCUCGAGGUGAACUACAAGAACAUGCAAUAAAAAUAGGGGGAGGAGGGAUUCCGUCGAAAAAAAUCGAUUGAUCUUGACUAAACCUUGGGCGACGCAUCCCAAAGUCAAACGGAUGUAAUCAGUGAGUAGAUCUUUUUAAACCCUACCAUUUUUGUGUGAAACAUUUUUCUCAAAAAUUUUUUGCUUUCGAGAUAUUCGACUGUUGCCGGACUUUUGAUUGUAUGUACCUAUAAUAUAAUUUUUUGCACUAUCUAUGUAUUGCUAAUAAACUCUUUAUCCAUUUUAUGGAA